CUUCCCACGCCCCACGUCCCCCACCUCUUUGUCUUCCUCCCCCACCUCAACCUGCCCUUCGAUCCACUUGUGAAUCUUUUCCACUGUUGUCGCGCAUGCAUCGCGUACGUCGGUCUUCGUGAAUCUAGCGCGAGGAGCAAUUCGAGGCGGCAGGGCGAAGGGGUUUCUGCUGGUGUAUAUCACUAGCUAGCACUUGGCAUACACAUUAAUACCUCUCUGUGAUCUUAUAUUGCACAUCUCAGGAGAAGUCCGAGAAGAACAAAGUCAAUGGCUUACCUUGAGCUGGAUCUGCCACAAUGCUUCUCGAAUGAGCAAUCUUUACCAAUGGCCAGCACUUCAUACAAAACUUUUAAUGUGCCAGAUGCAUGCAGAUCACAUCAAUUAAAUAGUGGUCAUAGUGUUCCACAACCACCUCCAGUCCAUGGAUCUUCUUAUGGUGCAAGAAAAUGCUCUAAAAGUUUGAAGGAUGACACUUAUGUCCCUGAUGAAACAAGGAUAGCUUGGGACAAACUCUUCUACGAAGGAUAUGGUGCUGAUGUCCAUGUUCUUACUGAAGACAAGGACAUAAUUUUGGCACACACAAGCAUUCUUGGAAUCUCAUCUCCUAUUCUGAGAAAUUUAUUGGAACAAGCAAGAGUCAUUAAAGGGUUUAGAAAAAUCACAAUAGAAGGUGUGCCUUCAGAAGCUGCCCGUGCAUUUAUCCGAUUUCUCUACUCUUCAUGCUGUGAACCUGAUUUGAUGAAGAACUUUGCUCUUCACUUGCUUGUCCUGUCACAUGCAUUUGCAAUCCCUUCCCUGAAAAGGACUUGCAUCAAGCUAAUAGAGCAGGAGGUUUUGACUGAAGAGAAUGUCGUGGAUGUGCUUCAGCUAGCUAGACUAUGUGAUGCACCUCGACUCUCACUUUCUUGUACCAAAAUGAUUCUUAAUGAUUUUAAGGCCAUCUCGAUAUCUGAUGGAUGGAAAGCAAUGAAGCAAGCAAAUCCCAGUCUAGAGCAGGAGCUUCUGGAGUCUCUUGUGGGGGAGGACUCCAAAAGGCAGGAUAGACUGAAAAAGAUGGAGGAAAGGAAGGUGUACAUGCAACUGUAUGAGGCAAUGGAGGCUCUCUUGCACAUAUGCAGAGAUGGGUGUAGGACGAUCGGGCCCCACGACAAGAUGCCGAAGGACAGCAAAACCACCUGCAAAUAUGCAGCAUGCAAGGGGAUUGAGUCGCUAGUUCGGCACUUCAAAGGCUGCAGAAUUCGAGUCCCAGGAGGUUGCAUGCACUGCAAGAGAAUGUGGCAGAUUCUUAGGCUCCACUCCCAGAUGUGUUCAGAGCCAGACUUGUGCAAGGUUCCUCUCUGCAGUCAUUUCAAGGAUAAGAUGAAAUCCCUGAGCAAAAGGGAGGAAUUCAAAUGGAAACUGCUAGUGAGCAAGAUAAUGGCAGCAAAAGGCACGAUCAACUCCAUCUUGGCACGGAGACUGCUGCUAGGCUAAGACACUGGAGCUGGAGUGACGAGGAUGGAGUCGAGUAGUGUCGGAGAUGACAGCAAAGAGUGGGAUCUGUAUCUCAAUCAAGACAUGUCAUUUACCACGAAUUCUUCAGAAGUCAGAAUCAGCCUCCUCAAUCAGGAACUUGAUAUAGAAGAAUAAAAAGAAUCUGCAUGGUUGUCACUGUGACAAACAAGAAUAAAGCCCAUAGGUGGAGUAGAAGACUAGUUUUAUAGAUGUCUCUUCCCCUGUUCCUUUGUCUCGUCACUGAAUGGGACCUCACAAAGUGGUUGAGUAGUUGAUCUAUCGUAACUCCGACGCUUGUCAGCAGAUAACAUGUUGGGGUUAUGCAGUUUUGGGAUAUUGGGACUUGUCUCAGUAGGUCUAGUUAGGAUGUUGUUACAUCUCCAUGAAAGAAUAUGAAACACAACCUAUUUGACCUUGUGUUUGUACCUAAAGGGCAGAGAUAUCAAACAUAUCUCAGUAGGUCUAGUUAGGAUGUUGUUACAUUUUGAUGAAAGAAUAUGAAACACAACCUAUUUCACCUUGUGUUUGUACCUAAAGGGCAGAGAUAUCAAACAUAAUCUACUUCCAACUUGGAAGUCAUUCUUGUGUCCAUGCAUUUGCUUCCCAACUUCCUCCCAAACAAGAGUUCAGGAAGCAGGUAAAUGAUUUCUGAGAUCAGGUUAUUGAUACUUUGUAUGUCAUGAUGUUUGAUGGGAAGAAAGGCAAUC